AUGGCGACACCUUCCGUGCGCGACAUCGCCGCCUUCAGCGAUGCCCAGCUCGCUCAGUUCAUGCAGAUCCACCGCCGUCACGAUGGCGACUUUGAGCUUCCCGUCGAUGGCUGGGACAAGCUGCCUCUGCAUGCCCGAAACCAGCUCGCGGAAAGAUUGAAGGCACAAGAACGGAUCUUGUCCCAGAACCCUUCGGCUCACUCCCGCCCGCUCGAUAUUGACCAGCUUGACGCACGUCUACGUCAAGUUGCCCAUGGCGACGAUAUCGUACCGGAAGUUCAGCAACGAAUGCAAGGACGUAUAACGCCGCCGUAUUCUCAAGAGGACGAGCGGCGUGACCGGAUAGACGACGAGACCGAGGCUUACAAUGACCUUGUCAAGGACGGCGGUCGUCCAUUAUACCGGAUCAGCCUUAUAGAACAUGUUUCUCGGAACCCCGAGGAAUAUCGCGAGAUGCUGUGGCCAUUUUGGGGCUACCCUCGUGACACUCCAGUCUCAUGGUUGGUAUUCCGGAGACAGCUGCAGCGAUGGCAGGAUUUUCGCAACUGGCAGAUCGACAACCGGGACCUUCCAGUCGAGGAUGGUGGUUUUCCUGCUUAUGUCGAGAUGAUGAAGCGCCUUUAUACAAAGGACGAGUAUACGGAGGGGUUAGCCAAAAUUGAAGCUGACCCGACAUGCCUCAAGACCGCUUGGGAGAUGAGGCAAAGGACGCGCAGGUGGCAGCGCCGGUGGCAACGGGAAUGUGACUGCCAGGGCUUCUCCGACUACGUCGACGCAGUGAAGCGCCGCCUGACACGACAUGGGUUCACUCGAGCGCUCCUGCUGCAAGAGGACCCCAAGCAGCAAGACAAGUUGACAACAUGGAUCGAGUACCUCUGCUUUGAGUACUGGUGGCUUGAUUGGUACAAUGACUCUAUUGAGCGCCUGGAGCCGGACCACGACAAACGCUGGCAGGAGCUGGUGGACAAGAAGAUACCAAAGCCUCACGAAACCAAGGAUUUGAUCCGGACCACCCCGUCGUCGAUGAAGCGUGGGCGAGAACGAGAGCAAGCCUGGGAGGCUAAACAGGUGGCAGAAGCAGACGCAAAGCGGGUCUAUUUCCUCACCCAGGAAGAUCCCCGUCGCCUGACCAUUCCGAUAGAGAAGCGCAUGCACAUGCUUGAAGCUGCCAGAAACAAGUUGGUGGCGGCGCAAGAGCGGUACGAGUUUACCAGGCGACGAGUCAGCAUGAUCACAAACUUCAUCCGGGCGACAUUCGAUUACGUGAACGCCAAAAAGGAUGCAACCGGCCACGCUGCCAUCGCGCAAUGGGUCAUGGAGCAAGUCCCUCUGGUCGAGACCGAGUUUAUCCACCCUCAAAUGACUGAGGCCGGCCCCGAUGCGAAGAACAAAAAGAGAAAGCGCGCCCAGGAUGAGGACAAGCCAGAAAACCGGAGUUCAAAGACGCGGAAGGCAGGCCACGGACAAGUUGCUCGCCUUUCACGGAGCAGCCGGACAGGCACGACAAAUUUCGCCGACUCUCGCCGCUACGCUUUCGGGACAUUUGCGACCAAGAUUCCCACCAAAGAGUCGCAAAAGUACCAAGUCUUCAUAUGCCGCCUGGGCCACAGAAGCUUCCGCGGCGUCAAACAUUGGAAGCAGGAAGCGAGGGAGUACAGUCCAAGCCGGCAGAGUGUCGAGGAGGCUUGGCGCUAG